CUGUAGAAGAGGUGACCGCGGACUCCCGAUGAACGACCGGAAGGAAGAUAUGGAAAUCGCGUCCCACUACCGGCACCUGCUGCGUGAGCUGGACGAGCAGAGGCAGCACGGCGUCCUGUGUGACGCGUGUGUGGUCGUGGAGGGCAAGGUCUUCAAGGCGCACAAGAACGUCCUGCUCGGCAGCAGCCGCUACUUCAAGACGCUGUACUGCCAGGUGCAGAAGACGGCCGACCAGGCCACGGUCACGCACCUGGACAUCGUCACGGCCCAGGGCUUCAAGGCCAUCAUCGACUUCAUGUACUCCGCCCACCUGGCCCUCACCAGCAGGAACGUCAUCGAGGUGAUGUCCGCCGCCAGCUUCCUGCAGAUGACGGACAUCGUGCAGGCGUGCCACGACUUCAUCAAGGCCGCGCUGGACAUCAGCAUCAAGCCGGACGCCUCGGACGAGCUGGCCGAGUUCGAGGUGGGCGCCCCGUCGGGCAGCAGCACGGACGCGCUCAUCUCGGCCGUGAUGGCCGGAAGGAGCAUCUCCCCGUGGCUGGCCCGGCGCACGAGCCCCACCAACUCGUCCGGGGACUCGGCCAUCGCCAGCUGCCACGAGGGGGGCAGCAGCUACGGCAGGGAGGACCCGGAGCCCAAGGCCGACGGCUCCGACGACGUCUCCUCGCAGUCGCUGUGGCCGGGCGACGUGGGCUACGGGUCCCUGCGCGUCAAGGAGGAGCAGGCCUCGCCCACACACUACGCGGGGAGCGAGCCGCCCUCCGCCGGGGCCGGCGCGGCCCCGAACGCCUUCUCCGAGCAGGCCGCGGGGGACGGCUGGCAGCCCACGGGCCGGAGGAAGAACCGGAAGAACAAGGAGACGGUCCGGCACAUCACUCAGCAGGUGGAGGCCGACAGCCGGGCCGGCUCCCCCGUGCCGUCCUUCCUUCCGACGUCCGGCUGGCCCUUCAGCAGCCGCGGCGACUCAAACGUGGACCUGGCCGUCACCGAGGCCGGCAGCUCCGACAGCCGCGGGGAGAGGGCCGACCUCUAUGCCCAUGGGGACGAAGGCCUCCUGGGUGGAGAAGCCAGCUACCUGGGCCCGCCCCUCACCCCCGAGAAGGACGACGCCCUGCAGCAGGCCACCACGGUGGCCAACCUGCGGGCCGCGCUCAUGAGUAAGAACAGCCUGCUGUCGCUGAAGGCCGACGUGCUGGGGGAUGACAGCUCCCUCCUGCUGGAGUACCUGCCCAAAGGCGCGCACUCCCUGUCCCUGAACGAGUUCACCGUGAUCAGGAAGAAGUUCCGCUGCCCGUACUGCAGCUUCUCCGCCAUGCACCAGUGCAUCCUCAAGCGGCACAUGCGCUCACACACGGGCGAGCGGCCCUACCCCUGCGAGAUCUGCGGAAAGAAGUUCACGCGGCGCGAGCACAUGAAGCGGCACACGCUGGUCCACAGCAAGGACAAGAAGUACGUGUGCAAGCUGUGCAGCCGCGUCUUCAUGUCGGCCGCCAGCGUGGGCAUCAAGCACGGCUCUCGGCGGCAUGGCGUGUGUGCCGACUGCGCGGGCCACGGGGUGGCCGGGCCGCUGGACGGCGGGGGCGCCGAGGGCUCCCCCGAGCUCUUCUCUGGUGACGGGCCCUACCUGGAGGACCCCGAGGACCCGCGAGGGGAGGGCGAGGAGGAGCUGGGUGAGGAUGAGGAUGACGUGGGCCUGGCCCACGAGGACACGCUGCUGGGGGCUGACAAAGACGACGAGGACUCACCACGGGCGCCCCGCAGCCCCUCAGGGGGGCCCGACAAGGACUUCUCCUGGAUCCCCUAGGCCCCCAGCUCUGUGUGUGUGCUUAGGGGCCUUCGCCGAGCGGGGCUGUGCCGACCCCUCGCAGCCCCUCCUCCGGUCCCCCCUUCGUCCUGCUCCCGCCCCUGGACACACGGAGAAGCUGGCCCUGCAGUCUCAGAAGCAGAGGCCCCCCCCGCCCACAGCGGGGGCUCUGACAUAGCACAGGGUUGGGAGGUGCGGGGCGGGUGGAGUGGAGAGAGAGCGUGUUCCUACCCGUCUGAGGGCCAGAGACGGGGUCCCUGGCCAGUGUGUGUGGGAAGAGUGUCAGGGGCCACAUGGCCAGGCCAGGCCCAGUGCUGCUUGGGUCACACGUGUGGCCCUCGGGCACAGGUCCCGGAGAUGCUGAGGGUCCUGCAUACACCCACCCCGUCCCAUGCCCCAGCCUGUGCUGGGUGCCCCUGCAGCAGCCGCUGUCCCACAGUCUUCGUGGCCCUGUCCCUGCCACCUGUGGGGCCGUCUGCAGGAUCACCCAGGGUCCAGAGGCCCCACAACCCUGCCGCCGGUCGGCUCCGGUGCUCAGCAAACAGCCACAGAAGCCCCGUGGGGCCAGCGCCCAGGUGCUACCGUCCAUGCGGGCGGUGGGCGGGCCCGGGGUCCGUGCCGCUCCCGCGCGGGCUCCCCUUGGGGCUCCACUUUUACGUCUGUGUGCACUUCCUUGGAGAGCCUGGGGCGGCCCGGUCCCCUCGGCUCUGCCCACCCCGUUGCACCCAGGCCACCCCUGCUGCUAACACCGGCGUCCCUGACUGCCGCGUGCCGCUCACGCCCCCCGGUGUGGGUAACCCCGCUUCCCACGUCGUCAGACACACACGAGGUCACACGAGGGCGUCGUGCUGGCUGUCACUGUCCUCACGUGGCCGACACAGCUGUCCUUCCCCUGCUUGGGGUCACGUCCUCUUCCUCAGGGCCUGCCCUCCCUCUCCUUGGCGUGGGAGGCAGAGGUUCCGUCCUGUCCACGGCCCCCAGCGGCGGGCCCCCGUCCGUCUCCUUGCCGAGGCUGUGUCCGAUGCCACUUCGUGACUGAGACGUUGCGCCCCGUCCGCCACCUCGCCCCACACGCCCGCCGUCCCCGUCACGCACCCGGGCAGUGGCUCUGUCCUUUUCCCGAACUCUCAGCCAAGUGCUUUUCCCGCCGUGUGCACGGCCGCACCCCUUCCUUCUGGGCGGGAAGCCCCGGAGAACCCUGGGUGGGCUCCAGCGGUGACCUGCUGGUGCUGGGGGCGGCGGGGCCCCGGCCUCGGUGCCGUGCCUGCAGCCCUGCCCCCCGGGGGCGUCACAGCUUCUGUUCGUGUUCUGUGUUUUCAGCCCCCGUUCCUUUUCUGUGAGUUAGAAGAGGGUGCUCUCGAGGCGCUGUCACCUGGCUUGCCUGCACCCACCUCCCUCUGCAGGGGUGGGGGGACGCUGUGACUUCCUCCACACCACCGUGCCCCUAGAGGAAGGGCCGCGGUUCCCCCGAAGGCCGGGGACAGGAGCCGAGCCAGCACGGGGCCCUCCGGGCUGUCCGU